AUGGAUGGCACAGUGGCCUCUGCACCAGGGUGGAGGCAAGGCAGGACGGGUCCGACGAGACGCCUCGGCUCCGUAUGCAGUGGACAUGUUCUACCUAUCGCGGCAUGGGAUGAGGAGGCGAUGCUUUCCCGCCAGAAGGACGCUUCGGGCUGUGAAGCACUUGAGUAA